UUGGUGGGGCUGUGAUUGAUACUGUGAAAACCAGUAGCGUGACGGUAGAAACAUAAUGUCGAGUUAUAAGUUGACUUAUUUCGCAAUAGCGUCGCUUGGAGAACCGAUCAGGUUCCUUCUCAGCUACGGUGGAAUCGAUUACGAGGAUAAUCGCUUGCCUAAAGAAGAUUGGCCAGCGCUCAAACCAAAAACGCCUCUCGGACAACUUCCGAUUCUCGAAGUAGACGGGAAGACGUUGUAUCAGAGUAACGCAAUCGUUCGAUCUCUCGCUCAUAAAUUGAAUUUAUUCGGCGACACUACUUUCGAACACUUCGAAGUAAAUGCUCAUAUUGAAACCAUUGGCGAUUUAAAAAAUAUACUGUUCAACUGGACCUGGCAUGAAACUCCAGAAGAUAAACUCGCCAAAGAGGCAGGGAUUCGAGAGAAGUCGGCUUUUUUGUUGGGCAAGUUUGAAGCCGCGGUAAAAGAGAACCGCGGGUAUUUCGUGGGUGGGAAAUUGUCAGCCGCGGAUAUUCUUUUUGCUGGAUUGAAUCCCGUUUUCUCCUUCAUCCUGGGCAAUGAUUUCCUCGCGGAUUAUCCUAACCUAAAAAAUCUCGUCGAGAAAGUGAAUGCUCUACCGGGUAUCAAGGAACACAUUGCUAAUCGUCCGAAAACACUCGAAGAUCUAAGGAUUCAACUAGGCUGGAACAUGGCUAGGUGUAGGACCACCACGGUAGACUCACCCAAAGGAUGGGAGAACACCAUGACGAGCUACAAGUUGAUUUAUAUUGCAAUUUCCGGUUUCGCCGGACCGAUCAGGUACCUUCUGAGCUACGUAGACAUCGACUUCGAGGAUAAGCGCAUAACUCAGGAGGCUUGGCCGGCGCUCAAACCACUAAUGCCCUUGGAACAGGUUCCGGUUCUUAAAAUUGAUGGAAAAACGUUAUAUCAGUCCAACGCUAUCCCCCACUUCCUUGUCAAGAAAUUCAACCUACCAUGCAGCAAUGACUUUGAGGUAUUUAAGGUAGACGCGACUCUCGAAACCAUCGGCGAUUCUAGACCAAACGGUAGAACGAGACUAGGUGUAUCGCUACCACGGUUGGUCGACAAGGAUGGAAGAGUGGAAAAAUAUUGUGAUCUACGUCACGAACUCUGCUCGUUAUUCUCUUAUCUUAAAUUCGGUGCAACGUUAUUAGGCAUCAUGUCGAGCUACAAGUUGACUUAUUUUGGAAUUGCCGGUCUCGCCGAGCCGAUUAGAUACCUUUUGAGCUACGGAGGCAUCGACUUCGAAGAUAACCGCAUAACUCAGGAAGCUUGGCCUGCUCUCAAGCCACAAAUGCCCUUGGAACAAGUUCCGGUUCUCGAAAUCGACGGAAAAAUUUUCUAUCAAUCCAACGCUAUCGCCCGCUUCCUUGCCAAGAAAUUCAACAUAUUAGGCAGCAAUGAUUUAGAGGCAUUCGACGUCGAUGCCACUCUCGAAACCAUCGGCGACUUGAGACAGCUGCUCGCCAAGUGGUACUGGUAUUCCGAACCGGCGCAGAAGGCGGCAACUGAGGCAGAGACGAAAAAGAAGGCCGCUUUUUAUCUCGGCAAACUCGACGCGUGGGUGAAGAAGAACGACGGAUAUUUCGUUGCCGGCAAGCUCUCGGCAGCAGACAUCGUCUUCGCCGGAUUCCAUCUCAUCUUCGCUUUCCUGGUGGGUAAGGAUUACCUUGCAGAUUAUCCGAAUCUCAAGGGUGUCGUUGAAAAAGUUGAGGCUCUUCCUGCCAUCAAAGCUUACAUUGCUAAGCGUCCGGUGACGGAAUACUGAACGGGAUGCGAAAGCUCAUAUCGAUUACGUGUUUUAAAUCUAGAAUAAAUCAGCUUACACGUCAUACAUAGAGUCGGUAACAACCACUCGAUCCAUUCGACGAAUCGGAGUAUUAUAAGAUGAUAGUUUCUAGGUUUCUUCAUCUGAAAAGUAUGUUAUUUUAAACCAUGAAAAAAUUUGAACUAGAAUUAGGCGCUUUUUAUUUUUUACUCGUUUUGUAUUAUUUCAACCUAUAACAGACAUUUUAUACGACGCAUUU